AUGAUUUGUAGAAGCUAGCAUCUUCUUUUUAGCACAGACUAUAAAUUAUAUCUCAAUCCAUAAUAAAUAGUCAUUGGGAAGGUAAGAAAUAAAUUAAUUAGAAAGAACGAAUAGAACCUAAAGUAUAAAAUCCCUUUGAAUCUAUCAACAAUUAUCAAAUGGUCUUUCAAUAGUGAUUUUACUUUCAAUGGAUUUCAGUUUUAGUGGAAGAACUCCUGGAAAACUAUACUGUUGACUCACGAGCAAUCUUUGACUCUAAAGGAUAAUCUGGAUGGAAAGGUCACUUAUUGUAACAUAGUUAAAAUGUAUAAUAUGAUUCAAUGUGAGAGAUCUGGCUAUUCAAGCAAAGUUUAUUUAACUUAUUGUUGCGCCAAUCAAUAAAAAUAUUAUAUGUAAAUAUUUCCAAUUUCUGAUUUGACUUCUUAAGAAUAUUUAAGAUUAAUAGAGAUGAUUAACAUUACUCAUCCAAACAUCCUUAAAUGUGAAGAAUACUUUGUUGAAGAAAAGAACUUGUAUAUAAUAACAAACAUUUUAAAUGGAAAAACGUUAAAGGAGAGGAUAGGUAGUCAGUAUAGGAUGGAACCCUAAGAAAUCAUUUCUACUAUAAAAACUCUCCUUAAAUUUAUAAAUGAUAUGCAUAAGUUAGGGUAUGUAUUAAGAGAAAUCACAUCAACGAAUAUCUUUCUAUAAAGUGAUGGAGAAAUCCUGAUUAUAGAUUUUGAACUACUAGUAAAAACUGAAGAAGCCUUCAGAACCAAGGCAGUUUCUAAAGAAAAUGACUUUUUACAUGAGCUUAAGGAUUCUACAAAAAAUACUCAUGAAGAUUGGGUUGAAAUUGAGAGAUAUUAUUAUGAGCAACAUGAUGUUUUGAUUUUAGGAUCUCUAUUAAAGGAAAUGUUAACCAGUAAAGUUUAACUAUAACAACCCUAAGGAAGGGCAAGGCAACCUACAAUUACAAUUAAUAAGACCACUAUAAUAAAUAGAUCUCCAAAAUAUUAUAUAUACUAAUUGUUGCAGAGAAUGCUCGAGCAAGAUCCUAAGGUAAGGAUAACUAUAUAGAAUGCAAUUUAUUUUUUAGAAGACAUCGAUUUUGAAGACAAUAGCUUUGAAGAUUUCCCUGAAACAUCAGAGGAAUAAAAUUUUCAAAGUGUCAAAUCAAUUUCAAUAAAGAAAUUCCUCGUUUGA